CGCCGCACCACACAACACCCCCGUCAAGCGCCGCACCACGACAACACCCCGUCAAGCCCCACACCCCUACAACACCCCCGUCAAGCGCCGCACCACGACAACACCCCCGUCAAGCGCCGCACCACGACAACACCCCCCGUCAAGCGCCGCCCGACAACACCCCCGUCAAGCGCCGCACCACGACAACAACCCCCGUCAAGCGCCGCACCACGACAACACCCCCCGUCAAGCGCCGCACCACGACACCAACACCCCCCGUUCAAGCGCCGCAGCCCACGACAACACCCCCCGUCAAGCGCCGCACCGACAACACCCCCGUCAAGCGCCGCACCACGACAACACCCCCGUCAAGCGCCGCACCACGACAACACCCCGUCAACACCCCCGUCAAGCGCCGCACCACGACAACACCCCGUCAAGCGCCGCACCACGACAAACCCCGUCAAGCGCGCACCACGACAACACCCCCGUCAAGCGCCGCACCACGACAACACCCCCGUCAAGCGCCGCACCACGACAACACCCCGUCAAGCGCCGCACCACGACAACACCCCGUCAAGCGCCGCACCACGCACCCCCGUCAGCGCCGCACACGACACCCCCGUCAAGCGCCGCACCACGACAACACCCCCGUCAAGCGCCGCACCACGACAACAACCCCCCCCCGUCAAGCGCCGCACCACGACAACACCCCCGUCAAGCGCCGCACCACGACAACACCCCCGUCAAGCGCCGCACCACGACAACACCCCCCGUCAAGCGCCGCACCACGACAACACCCCCGUCAAGCGCCGCACCACGACAACACCCCCGUCAAGCGCCGCACCACGACAACAACCCCCGUCAAGCCGCACCCGCACGACAAACCCCCAACGCACCACGACCCCCGUCAAGCGCCGCACCUGACAACAACCCCCGUCAAGCACCGCACCACGACAACACCCCCUCAGCUGGCCCACCUCCGUCAACAAUCGCAACUCAGCACCCACAAAACGAAGGCACUCAGCCAUCAGCAGCCUCCUGUUGGCUCUGCCAUUCUCACACAACAUCACUCCAUCAGCGAUCAU